UCGGCGCCAUGUCCACCCCCGCCAAGCGGCACUGCUGCGGCCCCGCCGGUUCCCUCGACUCCAGCUUUCAGAAGCGCCUCCGGAAGGUUUCCAUCGAGGGAAACAUCGCUGCAGGGAAGUCAACAUUUGUCAAGCUCCUAGAGCAACACAGCGAUGAGUGGGAGAUCAUCCCUGAGCCCAUCGCCAAGUGGUGCAACAUCCAGACAGCUGAGGAUGAAUACCAGGAACUUUCAACAUCUCAGAAGAGUGGAGGAAAUCUACUUCAAAUGCUCUAUGAUAAACCCUCAAGAUGGGCUUAUACAUUUCAGACUUAUGCUUGCUUGAGCAGAGUGAGAGCUCAGUUAAAACCUGUCUCAGCCAAGCUACAGGAAGCAGAACAUCCAGUGCAAUUUUUUGAGAGAUCUGUGUACAGUGACAGAUAUGUAUUUGCUUCUAACCUGUUUGAAUCUGGAAACAUUAAUGAAACAGAGUGGGCCAUUUAUCAGGACUGGCACACAUGGCUUUUGAAUCAGUUUGAAUCGGAUAUAGAACUGGAUGGCAUGAUCUACCUAAGAACUACCCCUCAGAAAUGCAUGGAGAGGCUACAGAUGAGAGGAAGAGAAGAAGAACAAGGAAUUGAGCUUGAGUAUUUGGAAAACCUCCACUAUAAACAUGAAACCUGGCUUCAUGAAAGGACUAUGAGAGUUGAUUUUGAGAACCUUAAAGAGAUUCCCAUUCUAGUUUUGGAUGUUAAUGAAGAUUUUAAGAAUGAUAAGAUUAAACAGGAGUACCUGAUUGAUAAGGUCAAGUCUUUCCUGACUUCUUAAGAACAUGGAAAUUAAUUUAAACGACAAGUCCCUGAGGUUCAGGAAUUAAACCUAACAACCUGUGUGUCCUUGUAGUCUUUACUUUUAACUAAACCUCUAUAUUUUUUUAAGGCAAGAGUAAAGCACAAAAUACGGCCUGAGGCUUUUUUGCUUGUAUCUCCUGUGUGGGUUUUAGUAGAAUUUUUUGUAUAGUUAAACUGAACAAGUGUGAGGUGCUUUGAUAACGUACUUCGUGUAUAUUCUCUGCCGUUUAAUAAAGACUUAAAGAAUA